CAAGCUCAAGUUUAAGUUAUACACCAUAUACACACUAUACAUUAUAUUGAGCUAGCAUCAAUGGCUUCCUCUUCUUUCAUGGCCAUUUUGACCUUGGCUCUCCUUCUGCAAAUGGGCACUUCAAGUGCUCAACUUUCAACAAAUUUCUACUCUAGCUCUUGCCCGAGGGUCUUCUCCGCUGUGAGAUCCACAGUGCAAUCCGCUAUCCGAAACGAGGCCCGAAUGGGGGCCUCCCUUCUCCGCCUCCACUUCCACGACUGUUUCGUUAAUGGAUGCGAUGGCUCCUUGCUCCUCGACGACACGUCGAGCUUCACUGGAGAGAAAAAUGCAGUUCCCAACAGGAAUUCUGCGCGGGGAUUUGACGUGGUUGACAACAUAAAGUCGGCAGUGGAGAAUGUGUGCCCCGGUGUGGUGUCAUGCGCUGAUAUAUUGGCAAUUGCUGCCAGAGACUCUGUUGCCAUCCUUGGAGGACCAAGUUGGAACGUGAAAUUGGGAAGAAGAGACGCAAGAACUGCAAGCCAGGCCGCUGCUAAUAACAGCAUCCCCCCUCCAACCAGGAACCUAAACCAGCUUAUCUCUAUAUUCAAUGCUCUUGGCCUUUCCACCAGGGACUUGGUUGCUUUAUCUGGAUCGCAUACAAUUGGGCAAGCAAGGUGCAUACAAUUCAGGCCCCGCAUAUACAAUGAGACCAAUAUUGAUAGUUCCUUCGCCCAAACAAGGCGAUCAAACUGCCCAAGAGCCUCUGGCUCUGGGGACAACAACUUGGCCCCACUUGAUCUUCAAACCCCUACUGCCUUUGACAACAACUACUUCAAGAACCUCAUCCAGAACAAAGGCCUCCUCCACUCUGAUCAGCAGUUGUUCAAUGGUGGGUCCACUGAUUCCAUAGUGCGCACCUACAGCAACAGCUACAACACCUUCAGUUCUGACUUUGUCAGCGCCAUCAUCAAGAUGGGAGAUAUCAAACCUCUCACUGGAUCCAAUGGGGAGAUUAGGAAGAAUUGCAGGAAGCCCAAUUAAGCUAGUGCCCCUUUGUUUUCUCACUGUGGUGCUUUGAAUAAAUUGAUUGGCUUAGAUAUUGUUUUAGUCUAUGUUUUGGGUUUAAUGACCUUGAAGGAUUUGGAAUUUUGUUUGAAAGCUGUAACUUAAUGUGCUAUGUUCUGCUCAUUCUGUUGAGAUAUAUUAAAUGGAUAAA